AUGGAACUUGCAAACCAAACAAGCAUUUCAGAAUUCUUUCUCAUGGGACUAACAUAUGUCCCUGAACUACAACCCCUCUUUUUCAACUUGUUCCUGUCCAUGUACUUUAUCACCAUCAUUGGAAACUUACUCAUUAUACUGGCUGUAAGCAAGGAUUCCCACCUUCACACUCCCAUGUACUUCUUUCUUUGCAAUCUAUCUUUCACUGAUAUCUGUACAAGCACAACGACAGUCCCAAAGUUACUUUUGAACAUCCAAGUACAUGACCAGAGCAUCACUUACAUAGGCUGCUUGUCACAAGUAUGUUUUAUCUUGACAUUUUGUGUUUUAGAAAGCUGUCUCCUAACUGUGAUGGCUUAUGACCGCUAUGUGGCCGUUUGUCAACCUCUAAGAUACACAAUCAUUAUGAACCCAUUUCUAUGCAUUUUCCUAGUAUUACUUUCCCUGUUCAUCAGCACUAUGAAUGCACUACUCCAUACCAUUCUGGUGUUGCCACUGUCCUUCUGCAAAGAACAGAAUGUCCCCAACUUCUUUUGUGAACUUGGCCAAAUCAUAAAGCUUUCCUGCUCUGAUAUAUUUAUCAAUAUUCUUUUUAUUUAUACUGCAACCAUUGUAUUUUCAGUUAUCCCACUCUCUGGGAUUAUUUUCUCUUAUAUUCAAAUUGUGUCCUCUAUUCUGAAGAUCCCAUCCGUUGGUGGAAGGCAUAAAGCAUUUUCCACCUGUGGAUCUCAUCUUUCAGUGGUAUCUUUAUUCUAUGGGACUGGCUUAGGUGUGUACAUGAAUGCUGCAGUUUCUAACUCUUCCAUUAGCAAUGUAAUAACAUCCAUGAUGUAUAGUGUGGUCCCUCAAAUGCUAAAUCCUUUUAUCUACAGUUUGAGAAGCAAGGAAAUUAAAGGAUCCUUGAAGCAGCUCAUCAUUGGGAUCAUUUGUUUUCCAUAG